UUUGGGGGAUGCGUGCAGCCUUUUCUUUCUGUCCACUGUGGGUCUAAGAAGAGAGACACCCUCCUGUGGACCCCAGGCCCGCCAGCCACUGAGUGACCAAGGCCCAGCAUCCCACCCGCAGCUGUGCCCCGCGCACCUGCAGUCAUGGAUAGAUUCCGAAUGCUCUUCCAGCAUCUCCAGUCCAGCUCCGAGUCAGUGAUGAACGGCAUCUGCCUUCUGCUGGCGGCCAUCACAAUCAAGAUGUACUCCUCCUUCGACUUCAACUGCCCCUGCCUAGCACGCUACAACGCCCUCUAUGGCCUGGGCCUGCUGCUCACACCCCCUCUGGCCCUCUUCCUCUGUGGUCUCCUGGUCCAUAGGCAGUCUGUGAUGGUGAUGGAGGAGUGGCGCCGACCAUCAGGGCACCGAAGGAAGGACAUGGGCAUCAUCAGGUACAUGUGUUCCUCUGUGCUGCAGCGAGCCCUAGCAGCACCCCUGGUCUGGAUCCUGCUAGCUCUCCUUGACGGGAAGUGUUUUGUGUGUGCCUUCAGCAACUCUGUGGACCCUGAGAAGUUUCUGGAUUUUGCUAACAUGACCCCCAGCCAGGUGCAGCUUUUCCUAGCCAAAGUGCCCUGCAAGGAGGAUGAGCUGGUUAAAAACAGCCCUGCACGCAAGGCUGUGUCUCGAUACCUCCGGUGCCUGUCACAGGCCAUAGGCUGGAGUAUCACCUUGCUGCUGAUAGUGGUGGCCUUCCUAGCCCGCUGCCUGAGGCCCUGCUUCGACCAGACAGUCUUCCUACAGCGCAGAUACUGGAGCAACUAUGUGGACCUGGAACAGAAACUCUUCGACGAGACGUGCUGUGAGCAUGCGCGGGACUUCGCACAUCGCUGCGUGCUGCACUUCUUUGAGAGCAUGAAGAGCGAGCUGCGCAUUCUGGGGCUACGUCGUCGUCGGGAUCCAGCCGGUGGAAUCCCAGAGUCACAGGAGUCCCCAGAGCCCCCAGAGGGCCUGGAUGAUGCAAACAGGAAGGCCCAUCUGCGUGCCAUCUCCAGCCAGAAGCAGGUAGAUCACCUCCUGAGUACCUGGUACUCCAGUAAGCCACCGCUUGACCUCGCAGCAUCCCCCAGGCUCUGGGGUCCUGGCCUCAAUCACCGUGCUCCUAUAGCUGCUCCAGGCACCAAGCUGUGCCACCAGGUCGAUGUAUAGGGAUCAGACAGCAGCAGUUUUGCUAUCUCCUUCUUUCCUCAACA